AUGUCCCAUCCACGUAUCAAAGUACCGGGAAAAUCAUCUGAUAUACCCGAGCUAAAUGAUCACCAGCACAGACGACCUGUCAAGCGUUUGCGCCUUACAGUCGAAUCUGAAGACGACGAUGAAAACCGAGAAGAGCCUUCCAGAAACCAUUCCUUGCCCUCAAGUUUAGAUAGCCUUACGGAUGACGAACAACCAGAGCCGUCAACGUCAAAGGCUGCAGUUCCCGCUCCACUCAAGAAUGCCUCGAAGAAGGGAAUGCAAGCCAAGACUAGUAAAGCGAGUGGGCCGCAAAGGAAGAAACCGCGGAAAUUGGUCGUUACAGAUCCAGAGUCGGAGGAUUACGAUGAUUCUGUGCAACAGGCUUCAGAAGAGGACGACGAGCGCGAACCACUCAUGGAGGACAAACGGCCGAAGGUUCUCAAAGGCGGCAAAGCUACGUCGAGAAAGGAAGCGGGAGCUCGAAAGGGGGUCAAGAGACUGCACAAAACUGAGUCAUCGAAUGUAGCCGAAGCCCAACCGCCCAUAGCAAAGGGAGACGCGACAGUGCGGCCCGCUCCAAAACUUCCUGAGUUGCUGAUCGACGUUGUGGGGGAUGAAUCACAAGGAGUGGAUACCCCUCUAGCUACUGUGGAUGAUUCUGCUGUUUCAGCAGCCAAGAAACGGACGCGACUCCCAACCAUCAAGAAGAACAAGGCUCCUACUUUGACUGCCCCUAGUACACCUUCUACACCAGCCAUCGCGUCCAAGCUCGACUCCACCAUUCCCGCGCUAAAAGUGGGAGAACCGAAGCAGGCCACUACGAGAAAGGCUGCCAUUGCCGCUACAGACCUGGAUCUAGCCAAUCAAUCUGUCUACAACGAACUUUUUAGAGGCGGCAAUACUACCGGGGGAGGGGGCUCCAAUCGACGGACGAAGGAAGAGGAGAGGCGGAAGGAACUUCAUAAGAUGAGGGAAGAUGCAAGGAGCAAACGAGCUUUGGAAGCGACUGUAGCGUUCGAUUUACAAGCUCAGCACGAGAAGAUAUCGCGGUUUGAAGAUAAACUCAAAGCUGCGCAUAGCUCGGCCCUAUAUCCCAAUUUUCUGGCGGCGAAAUGGAGGGAAGAGUAUGAGCUGGAGCGAAGACGGAAAGAGAGGGCGCAAGAGGAAUGGCUUGCCAGUUAA